AUGCCGGCCGACCAGCCAGCCAGCAGCCGUCACUACGAGAUGACACCGAACCCGUUUGCACACCCGCGCGUCGGCGUCUCCGUCAUCGUCCAGCGCGAGGACGGCAGGAUCGUCGUAGGCAAGCGCGAAAGCAGCCACGGCGCGGGAACCCAGCAGCUCCCCGGCGGACACCUCGAGCUCGGCGAGUCCUUCUUCGCCUGCGCCGAGCGCGAGACGCUCGAGGAGACGGGCCUGCGCGUCCGCGCCGUCAAGAUGUUGGCCGUGACGAACGACGUGUUCGAGGACCUCGGGAAGCACUACGCGACCAUCUUUGUGAAGUGCGAGAUGGUGGACGCCGACGCGGAGCCCCUUGCCCUCGAGCCCGAGAAGUGCUCCGGUUGGUACUGGAAGACGUGGGAGGAGAUCCGGGAGAUCAACGAGGCGGCCAAGAGGGGUGACGGGGGCGUGAAGCUGUUUCUGCCGUUGCAGCAUCUCGUGGAGGAGCACCCGACCCUUGAGACGUCGCUUUGA